GCAAUCUGUGAACAAGCUCGUCACUUCAGAAUUUUUCGUAGGCGUACGAGUCUCCGCAUUAUUAUGAGCACCUUCGGCCGCUUCUUCCGCGUUACGACCUUCGGUGAGUCGCACUGCAAGGGCGUAGGCUGUAUCGUGGAUGGCGUCCCUCCGUCGCUUGCACUGACCGAGGCUGACAUUCAGCCGCAGCUUACGCGUCGUCGUCCUGGCCAGAGCAAGCUCACGACCCCGCGCGACGAGAAGGACACGGUGACCAUCAUGAGUGGCACCGAAAAGGGAUUCACGCUCGGCACGCCGUUGGCUCUCUUCGUUCCCAACGAGAACGUACGCCCUAAAGACUACAAGGAGAUGGACGAGGUGCCUCGCCCGGGCCACGCCGACUACACGUACCAGAUGAAGUAUGGCACGCGCGCUAGCAGCGGCGGCGGCCGUGCUAGUGCUCGUGAGACUAUUGGCCGUGUGGCGGCUGGUGCUGUGGCUGAGAAGUGGCUCAAGGAGAAGUAUGGCACUUCUAUUGUGUGCUGGGUGAGCUCAAUUGGCACGGUUGACAUGCCACACGACGUGCUGAACGACCCCAAGAAGACGAUUUACAGUCGUGAGGACGUGGACACCAUCGGUUCGAUUCGUAUUCUGCGUGACCCUGCUAAGUGGACUAAGGUGGAGGAUGCAGCCAAACAAUUGGAGAACGACAAGGCGUACGACGCUGAGUUCGUCAAAGCCGAGGACGACCUCACCACGCCAGCGUACAUUGACACGGAGAAGAUCGUGUACAACCGCAAGGGUGACGUUGUGCCUGCCCCGGAGAAUCUGGACGCAUGGCUAACGGAAGAUUUGAUCCCCGUGCGCUGCCCACACCCGCCGUCCGCUUGCGCCAUGUCCACGGUUGUUCGCACGAUGAAGGUGGACGAAGACUCGACGGGUGGUGUCGUCACGUGCGUGAUCCGCAACGCACCCGUGGGUCUGGGUGAGCCGUGCUUCGACAAAAUGCAAGCCGUCCUCGCGCAUGCCAUGAUGUCCAUCCCAGCCACCAAGGGUUUCGAGAUUGGCUCUGGUUUCUCGGGCACCAGCAAGCGUGGUUCAGAGCACAACGAUCCGUUCUGCGCAGGCUCUGACGCCGAGAACCCGGAGAAGCUGGGCGUGACUAAGAACGACGCCGGCGGUGUGCUGGGAGGUAUUACCAGCGGCGCUGACAUCUACUUCCGUGUGGCCGUCAAGCCCGUAUCGACUAUCGGCCGUGCCCAGCCGACUGUCGGCUAUGACGGCAAGGAGACAGUGCUGGAGGCCAAGGGCCGUCACGAUCCCUGUGUACUGCCGCGCGUCGUGCCUCUAGUGGAGUCCAUGGCAGCGCUUGCCAUCGCUGACGCUGCCAUGAUCCAGUUGGGCCGCGAUGGCAGCAAGCUAGACGAGCCGGCGCAGAAGAAGCGUAAGCUUUAA